AUGGCCUCUAAAGAAUCACAUGAAACAAAAUCCUCUAUGAGAAAGGACAAAAAAGAUCCCGCACAGGAUAAACCAAAGGACAAAUCAUUUUCGACCUAUUUUUCUCCACAGCAACAUAAAUCUAUCAAACAGAAGAUGAAUGAUAUGGAUCUCAGCUCAGAAAGUAUGAAAUCAGAGGGCAAAAAAAACCCUGAUAAGGACUUGAUAACAAUCUCCCAGCUACACGCUAGUCUAAAGGCUAAUUUAGAAGAAAUAAAAAUUCAGUUGGACUCAGCAGAUGCAGAAAUCAAAUCAGACAUAAAACAGGAAAUAAAUGUCCUUGUCGCAAAAAUUGAAAGUUUUGAGGAUCAGCUAAAAGAAAUGGAUUUUCAAGUAAAAAAUCUAGCAGAUGAUAGCCAAAAGGCACACCGUAAGAGCUUAAAUUAUGUGACCUAGAAGAUCGUUCCAGGUGAAAAAAAAUAUGAUUUAGAAAAUUGGCAGAGAAAGGAAGACAGGAAGAUAUAAAACAAACUCUGACGGAAUACUUAUCUGCCUUAGGUAUUGCAUGUAAUUUACAAGAACAGUCAAUAAAAAGGUGUCACAGACUCUUUAAACCGCAAUCAAUCUAAAACGACACACCCGUGAUAUUAUUGCAUCCUUCUUCUCAUAUGAAUUUAAAGUGUUGAUACUGAAAGCCGCAAGAGAAAAUCAGAUUUCCACUGGUCACUUCCAAAAUGUUAAAGUGUUUCAGGAAUUAUCCUUUGUAUCCAGAACCAAAAGAAAAUCGUUCAGUCUAGCCACCCAAACUCUUAGGGGACAUAAUAUAAAAUAUAGGUGGCUAUACCCUUUAAAAUUAACUCUGACGUACGAUGGGAAAAGAUAAUUAUUUGAUUCAAAUGUCAAUCUGAUAGAAUGGCUGAAAAGGAACAAACUGCUUGUCUAGAUAAUUAAUUUCAGGGCGUAAGGGUUCUGUUUGUUAAUACAAUGUUUUUUUUGUUUGUUUUUUUUCUUCUCCCCUACGUUAUGUGCAUAUAUUAGCGCUCAUGAGCCAAUGGUUCUAGACGUGACUCUUUAAUGAUUCCGAAAAAAUGAUUAAUGAAUCUAAUAUAUAGGGUGCUUGGAAAGAUGUUAUAGGAUAUCCAUGAGGGAUCUUAAUUCAACGGUCUAAUGCUAUAUAUUUUUGCAAUACAUGGGAGGUAAAUUAAUAGAAGGGAAAAAAGAAAAGAAAAGGGAAGGGAAAAAGGAAGAAUUUUUUUUUUUCACAGAAUGAAGCUAACUUGAGUGUGAUCAAAACAAAAUUAGUUUAUUGUUUUACUUUUUGUACCACAUGGAUAGACUAUGAGGUGGGCACAAAUAUUGUUUUUAUAUAAGGCACAAUCUAUUAUUAUAUUUAACUAUCACUGUUUAUGCUCGUUCUACCCCUAUUGGUAUUAUGAUAUUUUUCGAAUUUAAACUAAUAUAUAGUUACAUAUAUAGCAAAUCUGGGAAGAUAGAGGGAAGAGAGUAAAGAGGAUUAAACUAAAAUUAGAUUUUCACACUAUGUUGUAGCAGCAGAGUGGAAGAUAUUACAAAACGCAAUAUUUAUGUGAUCUCUACUGAGCAAAAUUGUAAUAUUUUUAAAGUUUCACUGUCCAAAGGAACACUACACUUCGGACCUAGGCAUAGGUUUUCUAUUAUGAUACACACUUGAUUUGUUAUAAACUUUCUUUUUUAUGUUCACUUACUUGUGCUUUUGAGCCAAAUGUCUGAGUGGGGACUCCCCAAUGGUUCUGAAUUGAACGAGUGGUAAUAUAACUUAACGGAUCAUUGUGAUAUAUUUUUGUAACACAUGGGAAGACAAUUAAUAUGGCAUAAUUAUUUAUUUAUUUAUUUAUUUUUUGUAUUAAUUUUUUUUUGCAUUUGCCAUAAAAGUAACUUUAUUAGCUGUGGCUUUCGAUUCUAUCCACCCAGACUAUCCCUUGAAUAAUGAUGGGGGGAAUGCCCUCGCGGCAAUGCUUUUUGGCUACUUAGGUGGGUCUCCCCUCUUGUGUAGUUAUACUACAUUGUUUUCAUUUUUGUGCACCUAUUUCAUCCUUUCAAAAAAGAUUAUUCCCACCUAUCUAGUGUGUAUGGUACUUAUUCACGGAUUGAUUUUUGUUUAGCUAAUGCUAACACAAUUCCCCUCUUUAACUCCAUAAACAUUAAGGACAACCCUUGGUCAGAUCAUAGCUUUGUAUUAUUUGAUCUCGGUAAUAAUCCCCUACAGAUCGUACCACCUGGAGACUGAAUGAUGCUCUUAUUAAAGAUGUAAAUAACAGAGAUGAUUUGACCAAGCUAUUAGAGUAUUUCUGGGCAGAAAAUAAUCCGGUUGAUACCUCUCUUUCGAUUAAUUGGUGUACGCAUAAAUCCGUUAUGAGGGGAUAUUUAAUUAUGUGUCACAUCUUUAAGAAAAAAAAAUGGCAAGUAUUUGUAAGUACAUGUUUAAAAUUAAACAAACAACACUCUACCCCUGAUUUAAGAACCUGUUUAAAAGUUCUACAAAAAAAAAUUAAUUUAAAAGAAGAAGAAAAAUUAAGAUCAAUAUAAAUAAAUUAAAGAUAAAUCAUUAUUAUACCGGCAACAGAGCCAAUAAAAAAUUAACUAAGAGACUCCAAAAUCAUUACGCAAGUAAUAGGGUGGAAAAAUUGGUGGAUGAUCACACCGUCUAUUCCACUCCAUCUCAAAUUGGCCAAAAAUUCAAUCAAUUUUAUCAGGACUUUUAUAAUUUGAAACUGAGUCCAAACUUAAUAGAUAUUCAAAAUUACCUAUCUAAUACAUUGAUCCCAAAAAUUUCUAGCCAAGAUUUAUCAACCUUAAAUAAAUAAUUUUUGCCUGACAAAGUCCAAGCCCAAAUAGAUAGAUUACCCACAAAUAAAACUCUGGGCCAUGAUGACUUUACUAAUCUUUAUUAUAAAUAUAUGAAGCCUCAAUUGUUAAAUCCCUUAACUGAAAUGUUCAAUCAAAUAGCGGAAAACAAUUGAAUUCCAAAGGAACUAUUGCAAUCCAAUCUUGUUCCAAUUCUGAAACAGAAUAAAGAUAGCACCGAUCCUAAAAACUACAGACCGAUUGCGUUAAUUAACAAAGAUAUGAAGAUAUACUGCGAGAAUAAAAAUUAUUAUAUUGAAACUUAUCCAUCCGGAUCAAAUAGGGUUUAUCCCUGGUAGAUGGGUAUCCAAUAAUACCAGAACGUUAAUUGACAUUAUUGACUUGACAAAGAGACAUUGCAUACCGCUCCUGGCCCUGUCUUUAGACGCCAAAAAAGCGUUUGACAGGGUUGGGUGUGGUUAUUUAAAUGAAGUUCUAAAGGCUUUUGGCUUUAGGGGAUGGAUACGCAAUGCAAUCUUAGCUUUGUAUUCUGCCCACUCUUGCCCCAUUGUUAGACCGCUAUGGGUGUGGGCAUUCAACAUCUUUUACACAGUGUCACUUAAUAAAAUUGAUAAAAAUCCGGCCUCGGCCCUUUUACACUUAAAUUGGCAUCUAAAGUCGCACAAAUAUAUUUGUCUAGCGACCCAUUGUUUUGUCGCUGUCAAAAGUAUUAUCGCCAGACAAUGGAAAUCCUCUAACCCAUUUCAGAAAAGUCUUCUGAUUAAUCAAAUUACAUCUCAAUUGACGAUGGAAAAAGAGAUUAUAAACAACACGAUAAUUUUGUCCAAAAAAAACAGAAUGGUAUUCUAAUUGGCUACAAAAACUCUCUCAGCUAUAUGGAUAAUGCACCCUUGGAUUUAUCUACUUAGCUAAAUAGGGUAUUAACCAUUUGUGUUUUAGUUAGUGUUAAAAUAUCUCUAGUGACUGAAAUGGUAUGUUCAUCAUAGUGUUAUACGGUAAAAGCUUCGUAAUUAUAUGCUAUAAUAUAUCUUAAAAAAAUUUCUCCUGUACUGUAUAGGUGAAGGGUUAUUUUAGUUCGUUAUUGUUUAUUUUUGUAUGUUCGUUAUGUCUAAUUUACUUGAUAUAAAUUUAUUGUACAUGGUGAUGUUAUAUAUGACGAUGUUUCACUUACAUUAAUCGAACAUAUAUUGUGUCUUUGUUUGUCGACUUUUUUGUAAAUUAUCAAAAAAAAUUCUAUAAAAAUCUACAAUAAAAAAAUAAUAAUUCAGGUGUGGAUUAAAAGUCGGAAACUAAUUUUUGCACAAGACUAUUGAAUAUUGUAUAUGUCCAUUGAAGACUUCUGCUAAAGGAUUGGCUAGCUAUCUUUGAUUUUUUGAUCCAUUCACAAUUUUUCUUCAUUCUGCUUUAUAUUCUUUUUUGGAGUCCUGUGCCUCUUUUAUGUCCUUUGUCUCUUUUCCCUCUUUUACCCUAGUGUGCUGGGGGUUUUUUAUACUGUACUUUUCAAAAUAAACCUACGUUUCUAUGAAAAUGUAAGUUUUUUUUUUUUAUUAUUUGCACCCCACAUAAACUUAAACCUUGUUUAUUUGGCUCGGGCUAGACUUCUAGUUUGACAUGUGUGCUAUAUGCCAAAUCAAAUUGGGUCAAAGAAAAGUCCCUGGAAACAUAAUGUAUUUCUUUACAAGUUACCCUAGAAGCCUGAAAUUACCUAUAUAUUGCUGAAUUUACCUAGACAACAGUAUUUACUGUAUACAGACACAAUACACAUAUUGCUGUUUUUUACAUUCCAGAAAAUGUUGUUAGAUUUCCUACAAAUAUUUAUAAUCUGGUCAUUUGAAAAUGUCCUAUUUUUGUUACAUGUACACAUCGUUGAAAAAAUAUUUUAAUGUUAAUAUUUAAAAAAUGUGAAAUAUAAGGUAUAUGGUGUAAUAUCAGUUUACUAUACUGAAAUUCCUGUAACGAUGUAUAAAUAAAUGGGGAAAAAAUGUACACAUAUAUUUUUUUAGAUAUUCCUGACAUCAACGUGACAGUUUUUUAUAUGUCUGUAAGCAAGCUCUAUACUCUAUGACUAAUGACUAUUUCAAAUUAAAAGAAAUCAAUGUGAGAGUAUUAACAAGUUCCAAAUUAGGACUAUGCAAAGUGAUGAGUUUAUACUCCUAAUUACUUCAAGGUUACUGAUUAUCAUCAAUCAUAUGUGCAGUGUUUGCCAUAUAACUAUUCCGUGUGUUCUUGCUGAUUCUGUAACUUAAUACGUAUAUAUGUAUCUAAGUGCACUCCCACAUUUAGUUUAACACAAUAAUUGAUAUGUAACACUUUUUCUUUUAUAGCACGACAAGCUCCUUGCUCUACGACUGCUAACGAGUUAACAGAAUCAACUGCAGAGUAAGUUGUAAAAGCUAAUUGAGGGUGAUUGGGGAUCAAGUAAAAAUUAAAUGGAUAGUAAAAACAACCAUGGAGUCCAGGCACAAAUAAUGCAUAUGCUUCAGGUCAACAGGAAACUGCCCACCCACUAAUUUAAUGGCUAUCUGAUCACUGACUGCAGGCUGAAUGACAGAAUUUGGAGUUUGGGUUUACAUUUUUGUUUUUCCCUGCAGAUAUUCAUCACAAGGAUUGGAAACAGGAGCCACUAGUUUAUUUAUUUCUCUAUAUUUUUCAGUGUCAUAUGUCCUGAGGAUUGCCACAAAACGAAAGGCACUGUUUAUGGAACCGCAAUCUACACAGAUGUAAGAAAUUGUAACAAGAAAUAUUAUUAGACUGAUUUUGAACCCACUCAGGGUUAUUCACUGAAGCAAGAAUUGUUGGGAAUUCAAUGUGGUUUCAAAGUGAAUUUCAAACUGAAGUUCAGCGUGGCAGUACUGGAAAUAUUUUGCAACUUAGUUUUAGUUUGGCCUUAAAUUUAAAAUUCACUUACAAUUUACUUACAUUUUCAACAAUUUUCAUGUUUGUAAAUAACCCUGUCUGUGUUAUGAGGUUAAAGACGGACCAGCACAUUUCAUAGCUUGCAGAUCAAAAUAAAUCUGUAUUGCAUUCCUUAGGAUUCUCCCAUAUGCAAAUCUGCUAUCCAUGCUGGAGUAGUGCCCGUCAACGGAGGGGUGGUUAGAGUACAUAAGCUGCCGGGUCUGGAGGAAUAUGAAGAAUCUACACGGAAUGGAGUGAAAUCCUCUAAACAUGGGAAAUGGACUGGAUCUUUUAAACCCAUUCCAGUACCAUCACCUGUGACAAGUGAAGAAUCACCUUUGGAAACAUCUGAUCCCUCAUCUACCCCAAAAAAGACUAAAGAGCCAGCAUCCAAACUUCCACCAGGUGAAUAUCUUUGUAUCUGUUUUGGUCUCUAUUGAAAAUUAUUUUUUGUUAAGUUCAACAUUUGUAUAUUUCAGAAAACAUCAUACAGCUGAUCAUUAGAUGUGAGAAUUAGAAAAAGAUUAUUAAAUCACUUUCUUCUAACCAAAGGUUUAAAACUGAAAAAGUCUAAACAUCUUAUGUAAGGGUUUAAGUUAUAACUAAAAAAAAUUAAGAGUAAAAUGUAGCUUUAAUGAGCCAAGCUGUGACAAGAUCAUUUUUUCAAAACAGCAAUUUUUGCAAAUGUUUUGCAGUUGAGUUUUCAAUUCACUACACUUCCUUAUCUACUAAAUAUAUACCACAUGGAAAAAUAAGCAUACCUAGAUAGAAAAUACACACAUGCAUGUAUGGACAAUUUCAUAGUACAAACAUUAAAAAACCAUGUUUAUACAUAUAUAGUCAUUGAAUACUGUUAUAUGAAGAUGGAGUUGUUAUACAUAUCAAUCCAAAUCGGAAUUUAAAAAUAUAUGGGAAAUUUUAUUCUUGCAGUCUCGGCUACAUGUACAAUGCCUGGGAAGGAGAUAGCUGAACCCAUUGCAAAGUAAGUUCAUAUCAAAGUGAAGAAUUGUUUUUCGCAAAUAACAUUUUUUUUUUUCAAAGAAACAUAUUUAUUAGAAGAGAAUGAAAGCAAUCUUUAUUUGUAUUUAUAUUUCAGUGUCAAAUGUCCACCAGAAUGUCUAAAACAUGUAACGAAAGUUUGGGGAUCUGGCAUAUAUGCAGAUGUAAGUGAAUAAAAAGCAAAAUGAAAACAAAGAACAUAAACUGAAAUUACUGUUUUUUUUCCUUGCUUAAGAUCAUUUUAAAUUAUCAGAACAUUAACCAUUCUGUUUAUGCAAUGCCUAUAUGUUUCCUAGGAGUCCUCCAUUUGCCAAUCUGCUAUCCAUGCUGGAUUUCUGACCCCUGAUGGAGGACAAGUAACUGUACAGAAGAAGCCAGGUCUAGAAAGCUAUGAGACAACCACACAGAAUGGUAUCACAUCUUUUAAAGCCGGACCCUGGCCCAGAUCAUUUUCAUUCCGCCCAACUCCAUCUGCUAAACCUCCUGUAACAAAGCCGGAGUCACCAUCUAAAACACCAGAUUCAACAGGAAAGCCUACAGAACCUCCUCAAAGUCUGCCACCAGGUAAAUUCCUUUAGAACCUAGAAGUAGAUCUCAAGACACAUAGAAAACAUAUUUAACACCCCUUCUUCUCAGGACAAAAUUUGACAGUAUGCGUCUGCCUUCAAGCUCAUGGCCUGAGUUGGCUAAAGCAUCAGAACCUAAAUUAAUAUUUAUUUUUCUUCUUCUUGGCAACUGCUGCCUAUUUGAAAAUUAUGAAUUUGUUUGAGAGGGGAUUAAGAGCCCUGCCAUUGAUGCCACAGCGAAGUCUGUUGAUUCAGUUUCAUUAUUAACUAGUUUAUAAAAAGCUUUUGCAGGGAGCAACAUGGGUCUAUAUCACUCCCUUCACGGCCAACAAGUGAGCUGGGGAAUAGAGAACUAAAUGGCUACUAUGUUAUACUUCUUUGAUUAUCAUGGCCUUUUUUGGAUAUUGCUUGAUAUCCCCAGUCAAACCUGCUGGGCAGUUGACAAUUUGUCCCGUGGUCCAUGGUUUUGUAUAUAAGCCUUCAAAGUUCAGUUUAUAAAUGAAUGAGUAGAGUUUAUAAAUUAAAGAGUUUUAUAUUUGCCAGUCGAUAUUACCAAUUUGAAUAGUACUUUUGUUACUUCUGACACGCCAGAUCCUGCACAUUCAGUGCUAGAUUUACUUGGUUAUUUUUUUCAAUUUACUGUUCUAGUUUGUUAAUCAUGUUUAGAAUGUGUUUAUUUUGUUUACCUCUUGUAGAGUGCUGCAGAAUAUGUUGGAGCAAUAUCAAUAAUUGUAAUUGUAGAUUUAGGGAUGAAUGGGCCUGAAUAUGAAACAUUUCAUGAGCUUAAUGAGAGAAGUUAAUUUCACAUUUCCAUUGCUAUAGUCACUAAUAUAGACUACAUAAAAAGAAGGUUUGAUAAAAAAAAAUGGAGCUCCACUGUAGUGGCAGCAGCCUAUUUCAAAAGUAUAUGGAUAAUAUAUUGCCAUUAUUGCCAAUUUAAUAGCCAAUUUUCAUCUGGACCUGGGCCCAUUAUUUGAAGGUUUUUUUCUUAAUGAAGGGGUAGAGUGAUAGGGGGAAACCUGAUAAUCUGUGCUGAGAAACAGAAGUAAAUAAAAUAUUUAUUGAGUUUUAAAUCUAGAAAUUAUGUUGAGUAUUCGCCCUUCCUUUUGUGAUGCAAAUAUGAAAGCAAAAACAAUUAAAUACUCAGCAAAAAUAUAGUCACCACAUCAUUUAUAUUCCCCAAGUGAAAGCCUCCAUUAUCUGGUAAAGAGUCUUCUGGGACAGCAAACUAAGACUCGGAAAACUUGAUUUCUUUGCAGUCAGGGAACCCACUUCAUUAUCUGCUGAAAUGCAAUGGAAGGCAAAACAUGGCAAUUUCUCCUUGCUUUGUCAUUAAUAUUCCAAAUUGCGCUCUGUUAACUCACUGAUGGGUAGAUCUUGUAAUUUGUUAAUAAUAUUUGCAAGCAGGUCAAUAUUACCUAUGUUUACACUUGGCAGGGGAAUUUCAACAAUCCAUGUUCCAAUAUAUUACAACGCAAAUGCAUUGUACGAUUAAUUACAGUUCCCGAGUAUAGAUUAAGUUGCAAUUUAUAUAGUCAUUGAUAAGCCAUAGGACUAUUUUUUAAGCCUUAUCAUUGUUUUCCUGUUUUAAUUUCCCAAAUAUUACAUUGACAUUUGCUACAGUCGGUAUGUUAUUUACAAUGAGUAUGUGACAUUGUAUUCUGUCAUUGCAGUUAAGGCUUCAUGUUCAAUGAGUGCAGCCCAGAUAGCAGAAGAAUCGGCAACGUAAGUUUUAUAUCACUGUGAAAUAACUGUUAAGUAGCAGGAAGAACGUUAAGUUUAAGUUAAAUCAAGCAUGACACAGACAUCUGUAAAAGUUCUCACUUAAUUUUUAGGAUAAUAUGUCCUGAGGGAUGCCAGGAUGAGGAUGGCAAAGUUUGGGGAACUUACAGCUAUACAGACGUAAGAUUUUUAACUCAAUACAUAUUCGUAAACUAAAGUUCUUACCUAAAGUGUUUUGCUUUAAUGUAUUUCUAUAACUUAAUGUCCAAUUUCCCCUAGGAUUCUGCCAUAUGCCUAGCUGCUAUUCAUGCUGGUGUAUUGACUGAUAAGGGAGGAAAAACAAAAAUAGUGAAGAUGCGUGGCCUUGAAAACUACGAGGAAUCCACAAAGAAUGGAAUAAAAUCCUUAAAAUAUGGAACCUGGUCUGGAUCCUUUAUAUUCCCCAAGUCAAAGCCUCCAUCACCUGGUAAAUCUCCAGAAUCACCCGAACCAGUACCAGGAAAACCUACAGAACCCAUUUCGAGCCUUCCACCAGGUGAAUUUAUUUACAAAUACAAAUUGGUAUUUUUCUCCUCAAAAGGUUAUGCAAUAUAAGUGCAGUAAUAACAUUACUGUGAAAAAAUGUAUAUUCACUUUUUAGAUGUUUGCUUGUAAUAGGGAAAAACUCCUUUUUUUUUUUUGCAAUCAGGAAACCAACUUCUUUCUCCUGCUGAAAUGCAAUGGAAGGCAAAACAUGGCAAUUUCUCCAUGCUUUGUUAUUAAUAUUCUAAAUUCUGCUCUGUUAACUCACUGAUGGGUAGAUCUUGUAAUUUGUUAAUAAUAUUUGCAAGCAGAUAAAUCUUACCUAUGUUUACACUUGGCAGGGAAAUUUCAACAAUCCAUUUUAAAAUAUAUUACAAAGCAAAUGCAUUGUACGAUUAAUUACAGUUCCCGAGUAUAGAUUAAGUUGCAAUUUAUAUAGUCAUUGAUAAGCCAUAGGACUAUUUUUUAAGCCUUAUCAUUGUUUUCCUGUUUUAAUUUCCCAAAUAUUACAUUGACAUUUGCUACAGUAGGUAUGUUAUUUACAAUGAGUAUGUGACAUCUUAUUCUGUUAUUGCAGUUAAGGCUUCAUGUUCAAUGAGUGCAGCCCAGAUAGCAGAAGAAUCGGCAACGUAAGUUUUAUAUCACUGUGAAAUAACUGUUAAGUAGCAGGAAGAACGUUAAGUUUAAGUUAAAUCAAGCAUGACACAGACAUCUGUAAAAGUUCUCACUUCAUUUUUAGGAUAAUAUGUCCUGAGGGAUGUCAGGAUGAGGAUGGCAAAGUUUGGGGAACUUACAGCUAUACAGACGUAAGAUUUUUAUCUCAAUACAUAUUCAUAAACUAAAGUUGUUACCCAAAUUGUUUUGCUUUAAUGUAUUUAUAUAACUUAAUGUACUAUUUCCCUUAGGAUUCUGCCAUAUGCCUAGCUGCUAUUCAUGCUGGUGUAUUGACUGAUAAGGGAGGAAAAACAAAAAUAGUGAAGAUGCGUGGCCUUGAAAACUACGAGGAAUCCACAAAGAAUGGAAUAAAAUCCUUAAAAUAUGGAACCUGGUCUGGAUCCUUUAUAUUCCCCAAGUCAAAGCCUCCAUCAUCUGGUAAAUCUCCAGAAUCACCUGAACCAGUACCAGGAAAACCUACAGAACCCAUUUCGAGCCUUCCACCAGGUGAAUUUAUUUAUUCAUUUGUUUGUAAUAGGUAAAAACUCGAUUUCUUUGCAAUAAGGAAACCCACUUCUUUCUUCUGAUGAAAUGCAAUUGAAGGCAAAACAUGGCAAUUUCUCCAUGCAUUGUCAUUAAUAUUUCAAAUUGUGCUCUGUUAACUGACUGAUGUGUAGAUCUGGUAAUUUGUUAAUAAUAUUUGCAAGCAGAUAAAUCUUACCUAUGUUUACACUUGGCAGGGGAAUUUCAACAAUCCAUGUUCCAAUAUAUUACAAAGCAAAUGCAUUGUACGAUUAAUUACAGUUCCCGAGUAUAGAUUAAGUUGCAAUUUAUAUAGUCAUUAAUAAGCCAUAUGACUAUUUUUUAAGCCUUAUCAUUGUUUUCCUGUUUUAAUUUCCCAAAUAUUACAUUGACAUUUGCUACAGUCGGUAUGUUAUUUACCAAUGAGUAUGUGACAUCUUAUUCUGUCAUUGCAGUUAAGGCUUCAUGUUCAAUGAGUGCAGCCCAGAUAGCAGAAGAAUCGGCAACGUAAGUUUUAUAUCACUGUGAAAUAACUGUUAAGUAGCAGGAAGAACGUUAAGUUUAAGUUAAAUCAAGCAUGACACAGACAUCUGUAAAAGUUCUCACUUAAUUUUUAGGAUAAUAUGUCCUGAGGGAUGCCAGGAUGAGGAUGGCAAAGUUUGGGGAACUUACAGCUAUACAGACGUAAGAUUUUUAACUCAAUACAUAUUCGUAAACUAAAGUUGUUACCCAAAUUGUUUUGCUUUAAUGUAUUUCUAUAACUUAAUGUCCAAUUUCCCCUAGGAUUCUGCCAUAUGCCUAGCUGCUAUUCAUGCUGGUGUAUUGACUGAUAAGGGAGGAAAAACAAAAAUAGUGAAGAUGCGUGGCCUUGAAAACUACGAGGAAUCCACAAAGAAUGGAAUAAAAUCCUUAAAAUAUGGAACCUGGUCUGGAUCCUUUAUAUUCCCCAAGUCAAAGCCUCCAUCACCUGGUAAAUCUCCAGAAUCACCCGAACCAGUACCAGGAAAACCUACAGAACCCAUUUCGAGCCUUCCACCAGGUGAAUUUAUUUACAAAUACAAAUUGGUAUUUUUCUCCUCAAAAGGUUAUGCAAUAUAAGUGCAGUAAUAACAUUACUGUGAAAAAAUGUAUAUUCAUUUUUUAGAUGUUUGCUUGUAAUAGGGAAAAACUCCUUUUUUUUUUUUUUUUUGCAAUCAGGAAACCAACUUCUUUCUCCUGCUGAAAUGCAAUGGAAGGCAAAACAUGGCAAUUUCUCCAUGCUUUGUUAUUAAUAUUCUAAAUUCUGCUCUGUUAACUCACUGAUGGGUAGAUCUUGCAAUUUGUUAAUAAUAUUUGCAAGCAGAUAAAUCUUACCUAUAUUUACACUUGGCAGGGAAAUUUCAACAAUCCAUUUUAAAAUAUAUUACAAAGCAAUAGCAUUGUACGAUUAAUUACAGUUCCCGAGUAUAGAUUAAGUAGCAAUCUAUAUAGUCAUUGAUAAGCCAUAGGACUAUUUUUUAAGCCUUAUCAUUGUUUUCCUGUUUUAAUUUCCCAAAUAUUACAUUGACAUUUGCUACAGUAGGUAUGUUAUUUACAAUGAGUAUGUGACAUCUUAUUCUGUUAUUGCAGUUAAGGCUUCAUGUUCAAUGAGUGCAGCCCAGAUAGCAGAAGAAUCGGCAACGUAAGUUUUAUAUCACUGUGAAAUAACUGUUAAGUAGCAGGAAGAACGUUAAGUUUAAGUUAAAUCAAGCAUGACACAGACAUCUGUAAAAGUUCUCACUUCAUUUUUAGGAUAAUAUGUCCUGAGGGAUGCCAGGAUGAGGAUGGAAAAGUUUGGGGAACUUACAACUAUACAGACGUAAGAUUUUUAUCUCAAUACAUAUUCAUAAACUAAAGUUGUUACCCAAAUUGUUUUGCAUUAAUGUAUUUCUAUAACUUAAUGUCCAAUUUCCCCUAGGAUUCUGCCAUAUGCCUAGCUGCUAUUCAUGCUGGUGUAUUGACUGAUAAGGGAGGAAAAACAAAAAUAGUGAAGAUGCGUGGCCUUGAAAACUACGAGGAAUCCACAAAGAAUGGAAUAAAAUCCUUAAAAUAUGGAACCUGGUCUGGAUCCUUUAUAUUCCCCAAGUCAAAGCCUCCAUCAUCUGGUAAAUCUCCAGAAUCACCUGAACCAGUACCAGGAAAACCUACAGAACCCAUUUCGAGCCUUCCACCAGGUGAAUUUAUUUAUUCAUUUGUUUGUAAUAGGUAAAAACUCGAUUUCUUUGCAAUAAGGAAACCCACUUCUUUCUUCUGAUGAAAUGCAAUUGAAGGCAAAACAUGGCAAUUUCUCAAUGCAUUGUCAUUAAUAUUUCAAAUUGUGCUCUGUUAACUGACUGAUGUGUAGAUCUGGUAAUUUGUUAAUAAUAUUUGCAAGCAGAUAAAUCUUACCUAUAUUUACACUUGGCAGGGAAAUUUCAACAAUCCAUUUUAAAAUAUAUUACAAAGCAAUAGCAUUGUACGAUUAAUUACAGUUCCCGAGUAUAGAUUAAGUUGCAAUUUAUAUAGUCAUUAAUAAGCCAUAGGACUAUUUUUUAAGCCUUAUCAUUGUUUUCCUGUUUUAAUUUCCCAAAUAUUACAUUGACAUUUGCUACAGUAGGUAUGUUAUUUACCAAUGAGUAUGUGACAUCUUAUUCUGUUAUUGCAGUUAAGGCUUCAUGUUCAAUGAGUGCAGCCCAGAUAGCAGAAGAAUCGGCAACGUAAGUUUUAUAUCACUGUGAAAUAACUGUUAAGUAGCAGGAAGAACGUUAAGUUUAAGUUAAAUCAAGCAUGACACAGACAUCUGUAAAAGUUCUCACUUCAUUUUUAGGAUAAUAUGUCCUGAGGGAUGCCAGGAUGAGGAUGGCAAAGUUUGGGGAACUUACAGCUAUACAGACGUAAGAUUUUUAUCUCAAUACAUAUUCAUAAACUAAAGUUGUUACCCAAAUUGUUUUGCUUUAAUGUAUUUCUAUAACUUAAUGUCCAAUUUCCCCUAGGAUUCUGCCAUAUGCCUAGCUGCUAUUCAUGCUGGUGUAUUGACUGAUAAGGGAGGAAAAACAAAAAUAGUGAAGAUGCGUGGCCUUGAAAACUACGAGGAAUCCACAAAGAAUGGAAUAAAAUCCUUAAAAUAUGGAACCUGGUCUGGAUCCUUUAUAUUCCCCAAGUCAAAGCCUCCAUCACCUGGUAAAUCUCCAGAAUCACCCGAACCAGUACCAGGAAAACCUACAGAACCCAUUUUGAGCCUUCCACCAGGUGAAUUUAUUUACAAAUACAAAUUGGUAUUUUUCUCCUCAAAAGGUUAUGCAAUAUAAGUGCAGUAAUAACAUUACUGUGAAAAAAUGUAUAUUCAUUUUUUAGAUGUUUGCUUGUAAUAGGGAAAAACUCCUUUUUUUUUUUUUUUUUGCAAUCAGGAAACCAACUUCUUUCUCCUGCUGAAAUGCAAUGGAAGGCAAAACAUGGCAAUUUCUCCAUGCUUUGUUAUUAAUAUUCUAAAUUCUGCUCUGUUAACUCACUGAUGGGUAGAUCUUGUAAUUUGUUAAUAAUAUUUGCAAGCAGAUAAAUCUUACCUAUAUUUACACUUGGCAGGGAAAUUUCAACAAUCCAUUUUAAAAUAUAUUACAAAGCAAUAGCAUUGUACGAUUAAUUACAGUUCCCGAGUAUAGAUUAAGUAGCAAUCUAUAUAGUCAUUGAUAAGCCAUAGGACUAUUUUUUAAGCCUUAUCAUUGUUUUCCUGUUUUAAUUUCCCAAAUAUUACAUUGACAUUUGCUACAGUAGGUAUGUUAUUUACAAUGAGUAUGUGACAUCUUAUUCUGUUAUUGCAGUUAAGGCUUCAUGUUCAAUGAGUGCAGCCCAGAUAGCAGAAGAAUCGGCAACGUAAGUUUUAUAUCACUGUGAAAUAACUGUUAAGUAGCAGGAAGAACGUUAAGUUUAAGUUAAAUCAAGCAUGACACAGACAUCUGUAAAAGUUCUCACUUCAUUUUUAGGAUAAUAUGUCCUGAGGGAUGCCAGGAUGAGGAUGGAAAAGUUUGGGGAACUUACAACUAUACAGACGUAAGAUUUUUAUCUCAAUACAUAUUCAUAAACUAAAGUUGUUACCCAAAUUGUUUUGCAUUAAUGUAUUUCUAUAACUUAAUGUCCAAUUUCCCCUAGGAUUCUGCCAUAUGCCUAGCUGCUAUUCAUGCUGGUGUAUUGACUGAUAAGGGAGGAAAAACAAAAAUAGUGAAGAUGCGUGGCCUUGAAAACUACGAGGAAUCCACAAAGAAUGGAAUAAAAUCCUUAAAAUAUGGAACCUGGUCUGGAUCCUUUAUAUUCCCCAAGUCAAAGCCUCCAUCACCUGGUAAAUCUCCAGAAUCACCCGAACCAGUACCAGGAAAACCUACAGAACCCAUUUCGAGCCUUCCACCAGGUGAAUUUAUUUAUUCAUUUGUUUGUAAUAGGUAAAAACUCAAUUUCUUUGCAAUAAGGAAACCCACUUCUUUCUUCUGAUGAAAUGCAAUUGAAGGCAAAACAUGGCAAUUUCUCAAUGCAUUGUCAUUAAUAUUUCAAAUUGUGCUCUGUUAACUGACUGAUGUGUAGAUCUGGUAAUUUGUUAAUAAUAUUUGCAAGCAGAUAAAUCUUACCUAUGUUUACACUUGGCAGGGAAAUUUCAACAAUCCAUGUUCCAAUAUAUUACAAAGCAAAUACAUUUUAAGAUUAAUUACAGUUCCCAAGUAUAGAUUAAGUUGCAAUCUAUAUAGUCAUUGUUAAGCCAUAUGAUGCAUUUUUUAAGCCUUAUCAUUGUUUUCCUGUUUUAAUUUCCCAAAUAUUACAUUGACAUUUGCUACAGUAGGUAUGUUAUUUACCAAUGAGUAUGUGAUAUCUUAUUCUGUUAUUGCAGUUAAGGCUUCAUGUUCAAUGAGUGCAGCCGAGAUAGCAGAAGAAUGGGCGACGUAAGUGUUAUAUCACUGUGAAAUAACUUAAUUAGCAGGAAGAAAGUUAAGUUUAAGUUAAAUCAAGCAUGGCACAGACAUCCAUAUCAGUUCUCACUUCAUUUUUAGGAUAAUAUGUCCUGAGGGAUGCCAGGAUGAGGAUGGAAAAGUUUGGGGAACUUACAGCUAUACAGACGUAAGAUUUUUAUCUCAAUACAUAUUCAUAAACUAAAGUUGUUACCCAAAUUGUUUUGCAUUAAUGUAUUUCUAUAACUUAAUGUACUAUUUCCCUUAGGAUUCUGCCAUAUGCCUAGCUGCUAUUCAUGCUGGUGUAUUGACUGAUAAGGGAGGAAAAACAAAAAUAGUGAAGAUGCGUGGCCUUGAGAACUACGAGGAAUCCACAAAGAAUGGAAUAAAAUCCUUAAAAUAUGGAACCUGGUCUGGAUCCUUUAUAUUCCCCAAGUCAAAGCCUCCAUCACCUGGUAAAUCUCCAGAAUCACCCGAACCAGUACCAGGAAAACCUACAGAACCCAUUUUGAGCCUUCCACCAGGUGAAUUUAUUUAUUCAUUUGUUUGUAAUAGGUAAAAACUCGAUUUCUUUGCAAUAAGGAAACCCACUUCUUUCUUCUGAUGAAAUGCAAUGGAAGGCAAAACAUGGCAAUUUCUCCAUGCUUUGUCAUUAAUAUUUCAAAUUGUGCUCUGUUAACUGACUGAUGUGUAGAUCUGGUAAUUUGUUAAUAAUAUUUGCAAGCAGAUAAAUCUUACCUAUGUUUACACUUGGCAGGGAAAUUUCAACAAUCCAUGUUCCAAUAUAUUACAAAGCAAAUACAUUUUAAGAUUAAUUACAGUUCCCAAGUAUAGAUUAAGUAGCAAUCUAUAUAGUCAUUGAUAAUGCCAUAGGAUGCAUUUUUUAAGCCUUAUCAUUGUUUUCCUGUUUUAAUUUCCCAAAUAUUACAUUGACAUUUGCUACAGUCGGUAUGUUAUUUACCAAUGAGUAUGUGACAUCUUAUUCUGUCAUUGCAGUUAAGGCUUCAUGUUCAACGCGUGCAGACCAGAUAGCAGAAGAAUGGGCAAUGUAAGUUUUAUAUCACUGUGAAAUAACUGUUAAGUAGCAGGAAGAAAGUUACAUUUAUGUAAAAAGAUGUAUGGAACAGACAUCUGUAACAGUUCUCACUUAAUUUUUAGAGUGCUUUGUGAUGCAGGAUGUCAGAAUGAGGAAGGCAAUGUUUGGGGAGAUAACAUCUAUACCGAUGUAAGAUUGCAUCUCAAUACAUAUUCCUAAAUUAACUGUGUUAUCCAUGUGUUAUUAAUAUAAUAUUAACAAUAAAUCCACCAUUUCCAUUAGGAUUCUCCCAUCUGUAAAUCUGCUAUUCAUGCUGGAGCAUUGAAAGAGGAAGGAGGAAUAGUAGAAAUACGGAAGAUGCCUGGCCUUGAGAACUAUGAAGGAUGCACCAGGAAUGGAGUAAAAUCCUUAAAAUACGGAACCUGGUCUGGAUCCUUUAUGUUCCCCAAGUCAAAGCCUCCAUCAUCUGGUCAAUCUUCAGUUUUACCUGGAACAGGAAAACCUACAGAACCCACUUCAAGCCUUCCACAAGGUGAAUUUAUAAAUAAUAUGGUAUUUUUCUUCUUUAAAGACUAUGUACAAGAAAAACAGUAAUACUGUUACUGUAAAAAAAAAAAAAAAAAAGAUACAUUACUAAUGAUACUAAAAACAAUGUAUCUUUAGUAUCUUUAGUAGUUUAUUAUGGGUACAAAUUUCAAAUUUUGCAAUCAGCAUAUUUGUUUCUGCUAUCAAUAUCCAAAAUAAAAAUGUAUAGUUUUACAUAUUGUAUUGACAUGCUCUAUAAAUUCAAUGACAGGUGGAGCUUGCAUGCAGUUAAAAAUUCUAAAUGUCACCUUUUUUUGCAUUUAGUUUUGAAACUUUAUUAACCCCUGGUGUUUCAUCUGUUCCAAUACAAUUCCAAGAAAAUACAAUUCUAGAUUAAUUACUUCCCAAGCAUAAUAUGUGUUGAUAUUUAUGUAAUCGUUGAUAAUUUCACAUUGUGCCAUUUGUAAGCCUCAUCAUCUAUUUCUUCUUUUACUAUCCUAAUUAUUUAACUGAGGUUAGUGGUUGUUGAUAUUUUAAUUACCAAUCAAUAUGUGAUAUCGUGUUCUAUCACCGCAGUUGAGGCUCCAUGUUCACUGGGUGCAGAUGAAAUAGAUGAAGAAAGGGCAAUGUAAGUUUUACUUCACUGUAAACAAUAAGAAAAUGAAGUUUACACUAAAAUUUGCAUGAAACAGAAAACUAAACCAACUCUUACUUUGUUUUUAGAGUGUUAUGUGCUGCGGAAUGUCUGAAGGAAAACGACAUGGUUUGGGGAGAUGACAUCUAUACAGAAGUAAGUGGGCAUCUCAGUACAUAUUCCUAAGCUAAAAGUGUUACCCACAUUGUUUUCCUUUCAUUUUUUAAAAUUGUUUAUUAAUAAUGUGUAAUAUUCCAGUAUGGUUAGGUACCAUCACAUUUUGAAAAAAAACAAAAAAAAAAAAACAACAAAAAAAACUUAUGGUAUAACAGCUAAACAGUCUAGAAUUCAGUUAUAGGGGACUCCCCAUGUGUCAGAUCCAAUCACCUCUCUUUUGGCAUCCACCAUCAACCUGACGCUUUCAGUACAUGCAUUAGGUGGCUAUUUCCUUUACCUAGGAUGCUCAAUCACUCGCUCAUUGGCUCCACAUACAUCUGGCGAUAACUCUCUCAUACCACUUUGUGGUACCCACAUAUACUGACCAUUCAUAUAUUUACACUUGCACAAUGCCUGUAUGCCCUCACUGUAACUUGGGUACCCUGUCGGAACAUGAAGAUUUGAGCCCGUUCUGUACAGCUCUCUAGCACAGCCCGGAAGGGGCCUAUAAUCUAUUUUAACUGUAAACAUAUGAUUUCCCUUAGAAUUCUUCCAUUUGCAGAGCAGCUAUUCAUGGUGGAAUACUUGGUGGAAUAAUUACAGAUAACAGAGGAGCAGUAGAAACUGUGAAGAUGCCUGGCCUUUUCCUUUAAUCUAUUUUAACCAUCAAUCUACAAUUUGCCUUAGGAUUCUUCCGUGUGCAGAGCUGCUAUUCAUGCAGGACUACUGAAUGAUGAAGGAGGAAGAGUAGAAAUACUAAAGGUUCCUGGCCUUGAGAACUAUGAGGAAUCCACAAAGAAUGGAGUGAAAACCUUUAAACAUGGAUCCUGGUCUAGAUCCUUUAUGUUCCCCAAGUCAAAGCCUCCAUCAUCUACUAAAUCUUCAGAAUCACCUGGAACAGUCACAGGAAAACCUACAGAACCCACUUCGAGCCUUCCACAAGGUGAAUUUAUUUAUAAAUAAUAUGUUUUCUUUCUCCUUUAAAGACUAUGCACAAAAAACAGUAAUACUGUUACUGUAAAAAAAAAAAGAUACAUUGUUUUUUGUAUCAUUAUUAAUGUAUCUUUAGUAUCUUUAGUAGUUUAUGAUAGGUAAAAAUUCCCAAUUUUGCAAUCAGCAUAUUUGUUUCUGCUAUCAAUAUCCAAAAUAAAAAUGUAUAGUUUUACAUAUUGUAUUGACAUGUUCUAUAAAUUCAAUGACAGGUGGAGCUUGCAUGCAGUUAAAAAUUCUAAAUGUCACCUUUUUUUGCAUUUAGUUUUGAAACUUUAUUAACCCCUGGUGUUUCAUCUGUUCCAAUACAAUUCCAAGAAAAUACAAUUCUAGAUUAAUUACUUCCCAAGCAUAAUAUGUGUUGAUAUUUAUGUAAUCGUUGAUAAUUUCACAUUGUGCCAUUUGUAAGCCUCAUCAUCUAUUUCUUCUUUUACUAUCCUAAUUAUUUAACUGAGGUUAGUGGUUGUUGAUAUUUUAAUUACCAAUCAAUAUGUGAUAUCGUGUUCUAUCACCGCAGUUGAGGCUCCAUGUUCACUGGGUGCAGAUGAAAUAGAUGAAGAAAAGGCAAUGUAAGUUUUACUUCACUGUAAACAAUAAGAAAAUGAAGUUUACACUAAAAUUUGCAUGAAACAGAAAACUAAACCAACUCUUACUUUGUUUUUAGAGUGUUAUGUGCUGCGGAAUGUCUGAAGGAAAACGACAUGGUUUGGGGAGAUGACAUUUAUACAGAAGUAAGAGGGCAUCUCAGUACAUAUUCCUAAGCUAAAAGUGUUACCCACAUUGUUUUCCUUUCAUUUUUUUAAAUUGUUUAUUAAUAAUGUGUAAUAUUCCGGUAUGGUUAGGUACCAUCACAUUUUGAAAAUAAACAAAAAAAAAAACAACAAAAAAAACUUAUGGUAUAACAGCUAAACAGUCUAGAAUUCAGUUAUAGGGGACUCCCCAUGUGUCAGAUCCAAUCACCUCUCUUUUGGCACCCACCAUCACCCUGACGCUUUCAGUACAUGCAUUAGGUGGCUAUUUCCUUUACCUAGGAUGCUCAAUCACUCGCUCAUUGGCUCCACAUACAUCUGGCGAUAACUCUCUCAUACCACUUUGUGGUACCCACAUAUACUGACCAUUCAUAUAUUUACACUUGCACAAUGCCUGUAUGCCCACACUGUAACUUGGGUACCCUGUCGGAACAUGAAGAUUUGAGCCCUUAUGUACAGCUCUCUAGCACAGCCCGGAAGGGGCCUAUAAUCUAUUUUAACUGUAAACAUAUGAUUUCCCUUAGAAUUCUUCCAUUUGCAGAGCAGCUAUUCAUGGUGGAAUACUUGGUGGAAUAAUUACAGAUAACAGAGGAGCAGUAGAAACUGUGAAGAUGCCUGGCCUUUUCUUUUAAUCUAUUUUAACCAUCAAUCUACAAUUUGCCUUAGGAUUCUUCCGUGUGCAGAGCUGCUAUUCAUGCAGGACUACUGAAUGAUGAAGGAGGAAGAGUAGAAAUACUAAAGGUUCCUGGCCUUGAGAACUAUGAGGAAUCCACAAAGAAUGGAGUGAAAACCUUUAAACAUGGAUCCUGGUCUAGAUCCUUUAUGUUCCCCAAGUCAAAUCCUCCAUCAUCUACUAAAUCUUCAGAAUCACCUGGAACAGUCACAGGAAAACCUACAGAACCCACUUCGAGCCUUCCACAAGGUGAAUUUAUUUAUAAAUAAUAUGUUUUUUUUCUCCUUUAAAGACUAUGCACACAAAAAACAGUAAUACUGUUACUGUAAAAAAAAAAAAGAUACAUUGUUUUUUGUAUCAUUAUUAAUGUAUCUUUAGUAUCUUUAGUAGUUAAUGAUAGGUAAAAACUCACAAUUUUGCAAUCAGCAUAUUUGUUUCUGCUAUCAAUAUCCAAAAUAAAAAUGUAUAGUUUUACAUAUUGUAUUGACAUGUUCUAUAAAUUCAAUGACAAGUGGAGCUUGCAUGCAGUUAAAAAUUCUAAAUGUCACCUUUUUUUGCAUUUAGUUUUGAAACUUUAUUAACCCCUGGUGUUUCAUCUGUUCCAAUACAAUUCCAAGAAAAUACAUUUCUAGAUUAAUUACUUCCCAAGCAUAAUAUGUGUUGAUAUUUAUGUAAUCGUUGAUAAUUUCACAUUGUCCCAUUUGUAAGCCUCAUCAUCUAUUUUUUCUUUUACUAUCCUAAUUAUUUAACUGAGGUUAGUGGUUGUUAAUAUUUUAAUUACCAAUCAAUAUGUGAUAUCGUGUUCUAUCACCGCAGUUGAGGCUCCAUGUUCACUGGGUGCAGAUGAAAUAGAUGAAGAAAGGGCAAUGUAAGUUUUACUUCACUGUAAACAAUAAAAAAAAAUGAAGUUUACACUAAAAUUUGCAUGAAACAGAAAACUAAACCAACUCUUACUUUGUUUUUAGAGUGUUAUGUGCUGCGGAAUGUCUGAAGGAAAACGACAUGGUUUGGGGAGAUGACAUUUAUACAGAAGUAAGUGGGCAUCUCAGUACAUAUUCCUAAGCUAAAAGUGUUACCCACAUUGUUUUACUUUCAUUUUUUUUAAAAUUGUUUAUUAAUAAUGUGGAAUAUUCCGCUAUGGUUAGGUACCAUCACAUUUUGAAAAUAAACAGAUUCAUAUAUUUCAGUGUUACAUAAAAAAAAAAAAAAAAACUUAUGGUAUAACAGCUAAACAGUCUAGAACUCAGUUAUAGGGGACUCCUCAUGUGUCAGACCCAAUCACCUCUCUUUUGGCACCCACCAUCACCCUGACACUAUCAAUACAUCCAUUAGGUGGCUAUUUCUUUUACUUAGGAUGCUCAAUCACUCACUCAUUGGCUCCACAUACAUCUGGGGAUAACUCUCUCAUACCACAUUGGAGUACCCACAUACACCUACCAUUCAUAUAUUUACACUUGCACUACGCCUGUAUGCCCUCACUGUAACUUGGGUAGCCUGUCGGAACAUGAAGAUUUGAGCCCUUAUGUACAGCUCUCUAGCACAGCCCAGAAGGCUGCAGUAGAAACUGUGAAGAUGCCUGGCCUUUUCCUUUAAUCUAUUAUAACCAUAAAUCUACAAUUUGCCUUAGGAUUCUUCCGUGUGCAGAGCUGCUAUUCAUGCAGGACUACUGAAUGAUGAAGGAGGAAGAGUAGAAAUACUAAAGGUUCCUGGCCUUGAGAACUAUGAGGAAUCCACAAAGAAUGGAGUGAAAACCUUUAAACAUGGAUCCUGGUCUAGAUCCUUUAUGUUCCCCAAGUCAAAGCCCCUAUCAUCUGGUAAAUCUCCAGAAUCACCUGGAACAGUACCAGGUAAGCCUACAGUGUCAAUUCCCAGUCUCCUACUAGGUGAAUUUAUUUAUCAAUUUUUUUUUUCUAAUACCUAUGCAGAAACGCACUAGUAACAAAACUUUGAGGAGGACAUUUUGUUAUUUUGAGUGUUUUCCAAAAGUGAAAACUUUAAAUUUUCAUUCAGGAAAUCUUCUCUCUUCCAUGGAACUUCAGUUGGAGGCAAAAUAUGGACAAAGCCUUCACGUUAUUGAUACUCCCAUUAUGUUUAUAUUCUUUAGAGGGAUUAUUGAUUCAUUGUAGCUUCCUCAACAGCUGUUUUAACAUUUGAGGCAAAGGAAUCCAUUUUCCUGACAGUAGACAUGUGCAUGGCGAAAAAAAUUCAGGACAGCAGAGUUUCAGCCAUGUUGUAGUUCAAUUUGACAGAAUUUCGUUCACUAAAAAAAAAAAAAAAAUCAUGAAAAUUUCAGGCAAGCCAAUGAAACAAUGCGUAUUACUCUUCUGCAUUGAAAAACUACUACAAUAUUGCCUAUCCUGAUGGCUAAGCAAUAUUAGGCAUUUAUUUUGCAAUGUCAAUUCUAAAUUGGGAAAAUCUGAUUAUUAUAUCUGAAUAAAAAAAAAAAAAAAAGCAAGUGUGAUAACUUGAUUAUGAUUAUUUUCUUUGUGCUAUAUUGUAUCAUUGAUACAAUGGGAGGAGAAGUAAUUUUAUGUAGAAAAAAAAGUAACUGAUGACCCACUAACCCAGGGGUAGGCAAUCUUUGGCACUCCAGAUGUUAUGGACUACAUCCCCCAUAAUGCUCUUACACACAUAAUGCUGGCAAAACAUCAUGGCAGGUCUAGUGCAAAACAUCUGUCGUAACGAAGGUUGCCUAUGCCUGCACUAACCCCUUCCAUCCUCAGAAGAGCAGGAGUGACUAUCCUUCAUUGUGGGAAAAAAGCAGUGCUCUAUCCCAGGGCUUUAGAGAAUACGAGCAGGGUCCCGUUUUUUAACCUCUUGAUUGGACAGGAGAUACAACCGACAAGAUUGAUCAGUCCUUUUGUCUAUCAUGACAAACUAAGCGGUUUCAUAAAUGUAAAUUGUUUCCUUCUCAGAGUCAAACUUAUCUAACUUAUUACCUUCUAAAUCAUCAGAAUCAUGAGCAUAUUUAUAAAAGACAAAAUGUUGAUCUGCAGAAUUAUCUCUUGCUGAGGUGCUGAACGAAUCUGGCUUAUUAAAACCCAUUCAGCAAUCAGCCAUCAAACCAUGCAGAAAAAUAUGAACAAUAAAUAGCUAAACGUAAAUUUGUAAACAUGUUUAUGUCAAUAUAAGUCAACUCCAUCCCAGAAACCAUAUAAAAAGAAUAUAUAUCAAGAAGCUCUGCAGGGGCAAAAAUAAAACUAUAGCCCCAAAUAUAAAAGGAUAUCCAAUUGCUAACCUCCUAUUCAAAAAAAUAACCUGCAUCUCAUUUCUUGUUCAUGCCCAUUGGAAUCCUAGUGGAAAGGGUGAAGAUCUAGUAUGCCACCCAUUGAAAGUGAACACUAAAUAUAUGUCACCCCCUCUCACACAAAACAAGGGAAAUCUGUCUCAUAACGUGUGAAGUUUGCUAUAUUGCAUUUCUUUUGUGGAUUCUCUUACAAUUCAUUUUUUUACUUCUCUCCUUUGUGAUGGUAUGCUUUGGCCUAAAUCAGCAACAUAUUAAUAACUGUGUUUUAAAUGCAACAGUUCAUUGGAUUUUACUUUUCGAUCCUUUGCUACAGAAGUCUUGCGUAAGUCUGUUUAGUUUGACUGGCCUCUCAUUUAAGUUUGUAUGCCUUUGUGUCCCUCCCCACUCUUUUGGGAAAAUGCUUAAUUCUGCUUCCAAUUUAUUCGCUGCUCAAAAGGGAUUGGUUGUAUAUUGCAUCUCUCCAUUUUAGCCUCUAUUUUGGAUUGUGAGAAACAGGUCAGUCAUUGUCUCAUUGUUAUAAUUCAUCCAUAUGAAUAUGGUUCUGUAAUAGCCUGUACAAUUGAGUCAGAGGCUUUUUUAUUAUCAUUAUUUUUGCAGGUCAGGCGAAAUACAAAAAUCAGGAAUAUUUAAUAGCAUACAAGUACAUCUGUAGUAAGGCAAAAGCUACACAUAAGGGCCCAAUCCUAUUUUAACCCCUUAACGACCAAACUUCUGGAAUAAAAGGGAAUCAUGACAUGUCAGACAUGUCAUGUGUCCUUAAGGGGUUAAAAUAAUAAUAUAGCAAAUGCCCCCAGCCUCUUAACUAAAGUGCAACAUAUACAUAAGAGAUAAGAGGCAUGUAUGAUGUAUAUGGCUGGAAUCACGUUGAAAUUUAACCAUUGUGUAACAGCGUAAGAAGGCAACAUUAACAAGGGAACAAAUGUCAUUAUGACAGUAAAGGAGAUAAAAAAAUUCUAAGUAUGUAGGGUAAACAAACAAAUCACUUUUACAAAGCAUAGAUAUACAUUAUAAAACAGAAAAAUAAAUGAGAUAAUACCAAAAUAAUCCUAAAAUUAGGAUAAUGGAAAACAAAAUAGUCUACCAUAAUGCAUGUUAAAGAGUUACUCCAAACCACAUCAGUGUAUUGCAGUGGUCAUGGUGCUUGGAAUCUUUAAGAAACACUGCUUUUCCUGAAAAAGAAGCCACAGGCACUAAGCACUGUGGUAUAUAUGUAUGGUGGCAAUGAAGGAGUUAAUCUGGUUUGUCUGGGAUUUGAAUGUGAGCAUUUUACAUAUGAUGGUAGAUGGUCAGUUAGACAGGUAUCUGGGCAGAUUUAAUAACACAGCUGUUGCAGGGGGCUGGAGCUGGCAUGGGAUUGGUUGAAAGUUGCAAGCAGAAAAAGAGCGGGAAACUGGAACAGUAUAAAAAGAAGCAGCACAAGUUUAAUCCUGUCAGAGUGGACUGAAGCAGGAACGGUGCGGAUGGACCCCAACACCCGUCCCUUUACUUUUAUUGAAUUGUUUUGUCUUGGUGUUAUGAGCAUUGGGGAUAAAGUUAUCCUUAGGAUCAAGUUCUGAGGAAGGAUAUGGUGGUAAAUGGUUUUAUAUAAAAGGCGGUCAGGUUAGUUAUGACUGACUGGCAAUAUGGUGGUUAAUAAAGUUGAAAAGUUUUGAAAGUUGGUGAACCCUAUGUUAUAUGGUUAUGGUUACAAAGUUAUGGUUUUAUGCCCCUUGAACUUUGAAUAAACACCACGGCCAAGCCCAUUGAAAAGUAAUUAAACAUUGUCUGUAGUUAUUGUGUACCUCGUUUUAUUUAUACGAAUAUUGCCUACCAUACAAAUACUUUUUGCUGCUGCUGGAGGUGUAACUCGAUCUGUGGAAGUGCCUUCAACCAACCUGGAACAAAAGCUGAUGCUGUCAGUCAAUAAAGAACUGACAAUAGAUAGAAAACAGAUGCACGUUGACCAGCAUUAGAGGUGUGUUGGCACCCAAAGGGACACAAGUAAAAGGGCAAGCCAUGGCAAAUUGGUUUGCUCCAAUACAUGGGAACACCAGGGUACUCCUGACAUUAUAGCCACUAAAGCAAGCUUUAAUAGUAAUGAUAUUUGGAAUAACCAUUUAAAUAACUUAUAUAAAAUAAAGUUAUUAGAAAUAGUACUGUGUACACCUAAACAAUACACAUCCUAGCGUAAAACUACAUUUGAUCUAUACUGAAAAUAUGCACGAAAAUAAUAAAAUGUUUGUAAUGCAAUACCAUACUUAACUUCACAAGAGCAACAAAGAAAAAGAAAGGAUUGAUUGUUGGCUAACUGGACAUAGACAAUGCUCAUAUGUGUUUAAUUGCACUAAUCUUCCAUGUUAAAUUAUUUUGUGCAUUAUUCUUUGCAACUAAAUUUUAGAUCAAAGUAGCCAAACAGGACUUGGAGAAUUAGCUGUUUGUCUGCUUUGCCCUUAGAUUUUAAAAUCACUUUAAAUUCACGUUGAAUUCCUGACAGUUUUCACAUUAGAAAAUAACCAUGUAAGAAUACUUUGCUGCUCUUGGUAAUGCUGUAGGUAGACAAGUUAAAGCAUAAUACAAGCUUUCUCUCUGAGAUAAUACUCAUAUUGUAAUAUAUUGUCAUUCAUAAUGCCAUAUUGGGUUGUUUUUUUAAGCCUUCACAUUGAUUUCCUGUUAUUAAUUAUUACACUAUUUGCUGCAGUAGAUGUUUUAUUUACUAAAGAAUAUGUGAUAUCUUAUUCUUUCGCUGCAGUUGAGAUUUCGUGUUCAACGGGUGCAGAUGAGAUAGAAGAUAAAAGUGCAGAGUAAGUCUUGUUCGAAAUUGCAGGAAGGAAAUUCAGUUUACGUUGAAAUAUGUGUGGAACAGAAAUCUAAAUCAGUUCUCACUUCAUUUUUAGACUAGUGUGUCCUGAGGGAUGUCGGGAUAUGAACGACAUUGUUUGGGGAACUCACAUCUUUACAGAAGUAAGAUAUUUUCAUACCUAUUUUUAAAUGUGUUUCCACAGAUGUUUUUGGCUUCAUAUAUUAUUAAAAUUUAAUGUACCACUUGCCUUAGGAUUCUUCCAUUUGCCGAGCAGCAAUUCAUGCUGGAGUACUGACUAAUCAAGGAGGAACAAUAGAAAUACGGAAGAUUCCUGGCCUUGAGAACUACGAGGAAUCCACCAAGAACGGAGUGAAGUCUUUCAAACAUGGAACCUGGUCUGAAUCAUUUAUGUUCCCCAAAUCAGUGUCACCAUCACCUGAUAAAUCUCCAGAAUCAACUGGGACAGUACCAAUCUCCGAAGAACCUACAGAACCAAUUUCCAGCCUCCCACCAGGUGAAUAUAGUGCUGAAUGAAUCUUGUUGCAGCAGCAACAUUAAUGUGUUAAGACAUUUGGUGAUAUUUUUUUUAAUAUAUAUAUAUAUAUAUAUCAGUUAUGGGUUAAAAUCCUACUUCCUUGGCAUUCUAGUGGGAGGCAAAACGUUUUAUUUUUCUAUGUUUAACCAUCAAUAUCCAAAAAGUGCAUAGCUUAGAUUUUUCAUUUUGGUGUUUUAUUAAUUUCGCUAACAGGUCGAAUUUUUCGUUUCACAAUAAUGCUUGCAGCAGCAACAUUAAUGUGUUAAGACAUUUGGUGAUAUUUUUUUAAUAUAGAUAUAUCAGUUAUGAGUUAAAAUCCUGCUUCCUUGGCAUUCUAUUGGGAGGCAAAACGUUUUAUUUUUCUAUGUUUAAUUAUUUUGUGCAUUAUUCUUUGCAACUAAAUUUUAGAUCAAAGUAGCCAAACAGGACUUGGAGAAUUAGCUGUUUGUCUGCUUUGCCCUUAGAUUUUAAAAUCACUUUUAAUCCAUGUUGAAUUCCUGACAGUUUUCACAUUAGAAAAUAACCAUGUAAGAAUACUUUGCUGCUCUAGGUAAUGCUUUAGGUAGACAAGUUAAAGCAUAAUACAAGCUUUCUCUCUGAGAUAAUACUCAUAUUGUAAUAUAUUGAUUCAUAAUGCCAUAUUGGGUUGUUUUUUUAAGCCUUCACAUUGAUUUCCUGUUAUUAAUUAUUACACUAUUUGCUGCAGUAGAUGUUUUAUUUACUAAAGAAUAUGUGAUAUCUUAUUCUUUCACUGCAGUUGAGAUUUCGUGUUCAACGGGUGCAGAUGAGAUAGAAGAUAAAAGUGCAGAGUAAGUCUUGUUCGAAAUUGCAGGAAGGAAAUUCAGUUUACGUUGAAAUGUGUGUGGAACAGAAAUCUAAAUCAGUUCUCACUUCAUUUUUAGACUAGUGUGUCCUGAGGGAUGUCAGGAUAUGAACGACAUUGUUUGGGGAACUCACAUCUUUACAGAAGUAAGAUAUUUUCAUACCUAUUUUUAAAUGUGUUUCCACAGAUGUUUUUGGCUUCAUAUAUUAUUAAAAUUUAAUGUACCACUUGCCUUAGGAUUCUUCCAUUUGCCGAGCAGCAAUUCAUGCUGGAGUACUGACUAAUCAAGGAGGAACAAUAGAAAUACGGAAGAUUCCUGGCCUUGAGAACUACGAGGAAUCCACCAAGAACGGAGUGAAGUCUUUCAAACAUGGAACCUGGUCUGAAUCAUUUAUGUUCCCCAAAUCAGUAUCACCAUCACCUGAUAAAUCUCCAGAAUCAACUGGGACAGUACCAAUCUCCGAAGAACCUACAGAACCAAUUUCCAGCCUCCCACCAGGUGAAUAUAGUGCUGAAUGAAUCUUGUUGCAGCAGCAACAUUAAUGUGUUAAGACAUUUGGUGAUAUUUUUUUUAAUAUAGAUAUAUCAGUUAUGAGUUAAAAUCCUGCUUCCUUGGCAUUCUAUUGGGAGGCAAAACGUUUUAUUUUUCUAUGUUCAACCAUCAAUAUCCAAAAAGUGCAUAGCUUAGAGUUUUCAUUUUGGUGUUUUAUUAAUUUCGCUAACAGGUCGAAUUUUUCGUUUCACAAUAAUGCUUGCAGAAGACUGACGAUUACACAUUUUAUCUGUUUUAAACUUCUCUUGUUCUUGGCGCUUAUUUGGUUUCAGUGCAAAAGCGUAUUUAUAUUAAUUGAAAUUCCUUAGCAGAAAACAUAUUGCAUUAAAAGGGCAGACGGACUCUGCAAACACAUUUACUGCAUAUCUCGUGCUUGUGCGAUCACUACGUGUACCGGUGUUCCCACUACCACCAAACCUUUCUGACGGUGGUUGGCAUCAGAUCUCUGUGACAUUGUGCCACAGGGAUUGGACAUCUUGGUCAGCCUUGGGAGUCUGUUGUCAAACUCUGGUCCAGGACAGUGCCUUGCUUAGAACAGAGACUAACAACUCAGGGACAAUUUAAAUGGCUGCUAUACAUUGUACAAAGAGACAGUUAUUUACAAUGCUCCAUUUCUCUUAGUCUUUUCAUCUAUUGCUUCUUUUAAUUUUAUUUGCUCAUUAUGACAUUCAAGUUUGCUGCAGAAAAUAGUUUAAUUGCCAAUUAAAAUACAAUAUCUUAUUCUAUCACUGCAGUAAAAGUUUUGUGUUCAACGGGUGCAGACGAGAUAGAAGCUGAAAGUGCAGAGUAAGUCUUAUUCGAAAUAACAAGAAGGAAAUUAAGUUUACGCUAAAAAAAUGUGUUGUACAGAAAUCUAAAUCCGUUCUUACUUCAAUUUUAGAGUGGAAUGUCCUGCAAAUUGUCUAGAUGAGGACAAUGGCUUUGUUUGGGGAAAUCAAAUCUAUACAGACGUAAGAUGAUAAUCAUAUAUAUGUAUAUAUUUAUUUACAUAAUUUUAAAUAAAUGAAAUUAAUUGAAAAAUGUAAUGUACUGUUUGCCUUAGGAUUCUUCCGUUUGUCUGUCUGCUAUUCAUGAUGGAAAACUGGCCAAUGAAAAGGGAGGAAGAGUUCGUUUCCUGAAGCUACUGGGACGGGAGAACUAUGAAGGAUCCACAAAGAAUGGAGUAAAAUCCUCUACACAUGGGAUUUGGCAUGGUUCAUUUAUGUUCCCUGUAUCUACUGCAGUAUCUCCAGGUAACUCUCCAGAAUCUCUUAAUACACCACUACCUUUAGCUGGAAUACUUUAAAACAUUGUAGCUACUGUGUUAUAUUUUUGAAGGGACUGGAUCGAGAUGGGAGCUCAGCUACAGAAAAUGAGCUAAAAGUAAAAGAAGAGAAGUGUCAUCCUACCCUUCCCUCUAUGAUCACAGUGCCAGCCACUACAAGAAAUAGCGCCUUAAAGACCUGA